AUGUCCGCUCCAAAUCACCAUCACAUCUUCAUCGUCACGGGUCCAGCAGGCUGUGGAAAGAGUACCGUUGCCAAGUUCCUCUCCGAACGUUAUGGGUUCCACUACAUCGAAGGGGAUGAUUUUCACCCAAAGGCCAAUAUUGAGAAAAUGUCCAAUGGACAACCUCUAAACGAUGCCGAUCGCUGGGACUGGCUGAUUAUCCUCCGAGAUGAGGCGCUCAGGAACCUCAAGCAAGGCCACAAGGGCGUCGUCGUGACCUGCAGCGCAUUGAAGAAGAAAUACCGGGACGUCAUCCGCACUGCGCGGUUAUAUGAUGACGAGGACCCCGAUGUGGCCCUUCACUUUGUCUACCUCCAAGCCUCGCUCGAAACCCUUUUGGAGCGCGUUGGAAACAGAAAGGGCCACUAUAUGAAGGACCAAAUGGUCAAGAGUCAGCUAGAGGCUCUUGAGGAACCGGAUGAGGAGGAGAUCGAAAAGCUCAAGGACUGCGAUAUUGUCGACGUAUCAGGGACGCCCGACGAUGUGCAACGGUUGGCGUCGGGCGUUGUCGACAAGAUCUUGCAGAAGGACGGCAUGCAUAUCACUGGCGCCCUGUAA